ACAUAAACAACUUGGGCUGAAAGAGAGGAGGGACAACGUCACAGCGAUGGCAUUUCUCAAGCGAUCUAAAUCCAUCACAGGGAAGACGUACUCGAAGCCGUCUAUCAAGCCGCAGAACACCAGGAGGAUCAUAAGGAGGUACCAUCUGCUGAUAACGAAGAAGGAUGCUGCGUAUCAAAGGCUAAGCACGCUUAUGGGGACUGCUAUAGACGACAGCAACGUCUCUCAAUGGAACAAAUCAGUGGAGGUGAAGGAAUGUCCACAAGAGGACGAGCUGCUGGGUGUUAGUAGGCUCGACAAAGAGUCCCUGUUCAGGCUUCUAAGAAAGAUUGACUAUGAGAUCCACGAGAAGGGCGGACUCCAGAAGUACCAGAUUGCGUCGAUACACGGCCAGGAGAACAAGAGAGGUAGCGAUUCGUCCAAGUGGCUGUUUGACGCGGUCCCUCACUUGAAGACGUGUGAAUGUCGGUUGAAAGCGCUUGAAAUUGGAUGCCUUUCGACGAAGAAUGUGAUAUCACGGUACUGUGAAACCACGAGGAUAGAUCUGAACUCGAACGAGCCAGGUAUACUGAAGCAGGACUUUAUGGAGCGUCCAAUACCGGCACAGGGGGAGUUUGAUAUCAUCUCGUGCUCGCUGGUGUUGAACUUUGUAUCUACUCCUCAGAAAAGGGGUGAAAUGAUCCAAAGAUUCGUGCCCUUCUUGAAGCCAAAUGGGUAUCUGUUCGUUGUCCUACCACUCAGCUGUAUAAGAAACUCCAGAUACUGCGACAAACAGCUUUUCCAAGAGAUUCUACAGUCCCAAGGGUUCAACAUGACGAAUUAUCACGAGGCUAAGAAAGUGGUCUAUAUGUGUUUCCAACUGACGGGCGAAGGUGCGAACAAAGAAGCCAAGUACAGCAAAAGGAAGAUACACGAUGGUAAGGCCAUGAACAACUUCUGUAUAACUCUGUGACCCUCUUCCCACGUUAUUCCAGCUAUUC